AUGGGAAUGUUAGGAGUGGCAGUAAGGUUAAGGUGGCGUCUGAAGUCCCUAACAACAACAACAACAACAACCAACCCCAUCGCUACCAGUACCAGUUUUCUUUCCUCGUCGUCGUAUCAUUCAUCGUCUUCAAAGCAGCGAAGAAAGAAUGAAAACGAAAAUGAAGACGUUUCUCUCUUCAACAGAGACCCAGCCAGCCCGCCUCGACUCUUUGUGGUGCAGCCUCGUCUCCGUCCCGAUACUCUCCUUCAAGCCAAGCUCAACGAAGCUCUCAGCCUCGCCAAUUCGCUCGAGGAACAGCGUGAUGGUUACUUCCAUACUGAUUUCUUCGAUAAACCCUUGCCCCCUCACAUUCUUGUUCAAAAUCCCAUCUUCCGUUCCUCUACAGCUCGAUCAGAUACUUACUUUGGGUCUGGAACUCGAAAAUGGGGAAAACCUGUGUUAGACCGGGUGGCACUUAUAAUAGAAAUAUUCAAUGCUCAUGCCCAUUCAAGGGAGGCAAAACUUCAGGCGGAAUUAGCGGCUCUAAUGUAUGCAAAGACUAGGCUUGUUCGAGUACGUACCAGUGAUGGUCGCUUGACUUUUGGAGCAUUUGGAGACGCUGAAGUUGUCAGUGCCCGAGGGUGA